GAACAAGUACUCAAGAUGUCAACACGGGAGCUAGAGGCAGCUGAAUACCUCGAGAAACACAAGAUUAUUGACCUGAUGGAUAAUUUAACUAGUAUGCUGUUUUUUUACAGACCAGAACGACCUCGAGAAUUUCUGAUUGAGCAGCUUGAAAGGCUCAAAAUAUCCAAAAUUGAUCAAAAAGAAAGUCCAGGUCUCUUUAACGAGUCCAACUUGGAUGCUUUGUUUGGGAUCCUGGAUCCAUCUCAUCAUGGUUAUAUCACUCAUGUACAAUACAAAGAAGCACUUAAGACACUUGGUGUCAGGAAUUUCAAUGAGUUUCCAGAUGGAGCUAGUGAGGACAAAAUAUCACAAGAAACGUUUACAAGAGAGGCGAAAGAAGGGCUUCUGAGAAGUGCAGCAACAUUUCGGGUAUAGAUGUUCAAUGGAAAAAUGUACAACAAUUAGCAUCUUUAUCAUUGCUUAUGUAACAUAACGAUUUAUUAAAAAACACACAUUUUAUGUAUAUGUGAAUAAAAAGUUUCACAUGUCCUAUCUUAACUAAUUAUUAGGUUAGGACUUUAAAAUGUUUUCAGUCAUUAAUAUAACAUUGAUUUCAAUCUUUGUCAUGACCACUCAGUUAAAAUUAAAGAUAUCAAGUCACAAAA